CAGUCAGUUCUACAUGCAUACAGAACCCACAGGUAUCCGAGGGGGCAACCUGAAGAGAAUAUGCCAACGCUAUGGAGAUAAACUACGUUAUGCCAUGACAGCAGUCAUCGUUUGGCACUUUAUUCGGCUUACACCUUCAAAAAAUCAGAUGAACAGAGGAGGAUGGACACACCCUGGAUGUAUGAACCACAGCUGGUUUCUGCUGAUGAAAGUGGAAACAUGAGAGGGUUGCCCUCUAGUGGUGAAACCGACCAACUGCUUGAGGAGAGCCAGGCUGUGCAAGCAGACUAUGUUGAUGCAGUGGAGUUUGAGCGUGGCCCACUUAACCCUGACCAGCACCAGGCACACAACCAAGACAAAGCAGCUACUUGGACAAAUGUGGUGCCUCAGAUCACAGACUUCUUAGAGGGUCCUUGGACCAUGUAUAUUAUGUAUACAGUGCGCUGCUGCCUGAAUAACUUCUGCCGUGGUGCUGCCUAUGUGGUGACUGGGGUGACUGUAUCAGGGGUGACCAUUCGAAGAGGAAGAGAGGACCGCAUGGUUGUCCCAAAGCACUUGUGGUCCACUUAUUGCUGUCCACGGUUUGAUCGAAAUUCACCCUAUGAUGCUCAGGUUGCUGGCUGACCAGAAAACUAUAUUCACCUUUAAGGAGCCAAUGAACAAUCGCCCAGCAGUCAGUCCAAAGAACAUUAUACAAAGAAGAAAGACAACAAUUUAAACUUUUUCGGAAACAUGAAUCUCACAGUCUUUUGCUGGUCCUGGUUUGGAACCUUGCUGAUCCCACUGAUGUGUUUGAUAUUAAAAUCACAAGCCGGGCUGGUGGACGACUUCUCCCAAGUAGAUCGCUGUAAGGAUUUCCUUUAUAUGGGCACUCCACCACGAGGUUACCUCAGUACUUCCCUAAAAAAGAUCUGCCAGCACUACGUGGACAAGCCUCGCUUUGUUACCCUCUAUGACCCCAAAAAACACAUCCCCAUCUACUCAGCAUACACCUUCAAGAAAUCAGAUGGGGAGAAAUGGGUAGACCUUCCCUGGAUGUUUGAACCACAGCUGGCAACUGAGAAAGGAAGCAGUAACAUGGAACCCUUUCCCCAGUCUUCCUUAAUGCACAAAAACUUUGAAGACACGCAGGCUGUGUUAGAAGACUACGCCGAUGUAGUGCAAUAUGAACGCAGCCAAAUGAACCCAGAUGAGCAUCAGGCAGACCCGCUGGACAAAGCUGCCACCUACACAUUGACCAAUGUAGUUCCCCUGAUAAGGGAGUUCAAUUCUGGUCCCUGGAGCACACAGGUAGAAGUUACCCGCAAACGGCUCAACAACUAUUGUCACGGAAAGGCUUAUGUGAUCACGGGUGUGACAACAUCAGGUAACAUGAUUCGACGAGAUAACCUAGAUCGUGUCACCAUCCCAGAAUUCAUGUGGACAGCCUAUUGCUGCACAGAUUACGAUCACAACGCUCCCUACUCAGAGCGGUACAAGUUUCCAGCUUUCGGCGCCUACGGUCUUAAUGAUCGUGUGAACAACCACAUGGUGGAGGUUCCCAUCAAGAAUCUGGAGAAGUUUCUCAAGGGCAAAAUGGAGGUGGACAAGAACUUCCAGAUCUUUUACAGUGACUGUGUGUCAGAUGUGUAAAGAUUAGAGUUGGAUAAUAAACCAAUCCAAAGGGUUCAUCAUCAGAAUUGCAGAUAUUACAUUAAGAUUAAUAUGAAGACAUUUGCAUUGCAUUUGUAAUGAAUAGUAAAAUUUAUGCAUGGAAUUAAACGGAAA